CAUGCGGCAGAUGCACUUCCAUAUAUCGGCAACACGAGGAGGUGGGAAUAACUCGGGGUUACUGUCCGUCAAUAGCGCUUCGGACCAUAACGUUAUGGCAUGCAUAUACCUAGGUAUGUAUCUAUCUAUGUACCUGUGUAUGCAUGUGGGAAUUACAUACCUAUCCCAGCUUAGUGACUUCUUUUUCAGCUUGGGUUGUUCGACAAGUAAGCUGGAUAAGUCGGACCAGGGGCUUCUUUUUUCUUCCCCUUUGUGGAAUUUGUUGCUUUCUUUGCUUUUCCGGAUGUCUUACGAUAAUUGCAUAGUGUAG